UUUAUUGUCAAUCAGGCUGACUCAACCUGUCAAAUGUCUAUGUCGCCACUAUAUUAUCAGAUUCUUAAAGAAAAUAAAUAAAAAAGACAAGGCUGUAUGGCUUAGUUCCUUUGCCUGCUCUUUUGAGUGAAUAAUAAAAACAACAACUUAAAGAAAAUAAAUAAAAUGCUCGUUUAUCGUCGUAUUCUUUUUUCAUAAAUUUUAUCCAUUUAUGUGGCUUGAUCUAGCUGUAAAGCUUAAAAUAAUUAUUGGACCGAAUUAUAGUAAAAUGGAGAAUAUUGAACCCAUUCCUCGAUCGCCAUUACAUUUAUAUAUUCAUUUUUAUUGUAAUAAACGACACUCGUUGGACAAAAAUGUUAAAAAGAAUCAUAAACUUUUAAAAGAGGCAACCAAAUCUUGGCUUUCGCUUAAUGAUGAUGAAAAACAGGUAUUCAUUUCUAAACACAAUGAAGUUAUAGCAGAUCAUAAGCAAAAAAUUGCAGCUUCCCUUAAAAAAGUAAAGCCUUAUCUUAGAAAAAAAAAUCAAAAUCAUUCCAGACCUGAAAACAGCAAUAAUAGUGACAUUCUUGGACAAAAUCGGGUUGAAAUAAGUUUUAAUGAAAGUGUACGGGAAAAUAUACCACAAAAUACAAGCACAAUUACUAAUGUUGAUAAAGAUGAUAACAAAAUGUCAGAUAUCAGUUUUUCACUAGAUCAACAAGUUUCAAGUCUUAUAAAUGAAAAAAGUAAUAUAACUCAAGAUCAAUUUUUCAUGCAAGAAAAACUACCUGAACCAAUUCCACCAAGGGUAAUGUCUGGCAAAGAACUAUUUUUAUUGCUGGGACCUGAAGCUGAAAAUGGUACAAACUGGGAAUCUUUACCAGAUUACAAGAAGAGACAUUACCAGAGUGCUGUUCUUACCAUAAAAAGAAAUUACAUAAGAUCUUACAGAACCUUUUUGGAAAGCUUGGAGCCUAAAGAGCUGUAUAAAUUUUAUAUCACUAAUAAAGAAAUGGAAUGAGAA